CACUGGCUAAGUCAUUUUGAUUUGAAUCUACAUUAAAACACUCAAAUUGCAUCCCUGAGACUUAUUCAGGUCAGUCUUGUGAGGAGGAAGGAUUUGCACCUUUAAGGGCUCUGUGCCAAAUCCUCCACACAAGGCAGUCCAUUGGAAUGCACUUCCACUCAUGCACAUAAUGUCUGUUGACAACAUACCUGACCUCCUGAGGAAAAGUGGUACUUUCUUAUUACAACCCUAAGAGCUGCAAAAAGCAGACGACAUGAAACCCAGAUCUAUUCCAUCGAGGUUGUUUGACAGAAAUAUGUCAGUGGCGGAGACUCUGAACGUACGAGCGGCCAAAUAUCAACGACAUGUGGACUGUGCGGAUCUCCAAGAGAGUCCGCAUCCCUCUGGACCCGACGACAGCCGGCCAGAGGCGGACAACAGCAGACAAAAUGAGGGCCAGAGAGAAAUUCAUUUCGCAUUUCUGCCAGAGAGGUACGAGCCGCUGAUGGAUGACGAGGCACAAGUCAAGGCAAAAGAAGAGAAGAAGAAAAGGAAGAAAGAACAGUACAAAAAAGUGAAGAAGAAUGUUGGUAAGGCUCUUCGCGCCACCUGGAAGUGUCUGAUGCUCGGCCUGUACAAUUUCGCCCUCGGCUACUCCACUCCGAUCACAGUGGCCGCUACUUUCGUCCCCGACUUCCACCCAGGCCGAAACACGACCUGAGCCGAGCCACAUGAACCUCCUCCUCCAGUUUCUUUGCAUACUGCACUGUACAUAGCAGCGAACCCAUGGACACGGACCAAAGACUUUUAAUACCUAUUCAAUGUUUGUGCACUUGAUAUCACAUUUUUAUAGUUGUUUCCACAAGUUGUAAUCCAAAUGUGCUUUUCCUACUGUGACGUUGUUGAGCUUAUUGUUGACUGAAGAUCAAUCACAAGGUCCACAUUCACAGCUAAAAUUGCUUUCUUUACAUGUGUACUCCUUAAGCCUAAUACAGUAUUGCUCAUGCAUUUAUUAACCCUUAGUUCAGACACUGGAAAAACUAAUGUGCCUUUGUUCACAUGGAGAAUGUUUUGGGUUUUUCUUUUAAAUCGAGCUGGUGUUUGCAUGUGUGCAGAAGGAUCAUGUGGGAAUGAAUGUGGCAGGACAGGAAUAUUUACUGUAGCUGAGUCAGGGCAGAUAUUCAUACAGGCAACGAAAAAAAAGACUAUUAUUAAAGUAAAUCAGAGGUGAAAGGAUUUGGAAACACAGUGAGGAAUAAACUCCUUUCAGAGUGGAGCAACUGGACCACCGAUGUCAAAGGAUUCUCAGACUGAAUCGUAAUGGUGUGACUUUUGGUGUAGCCCUAAACAUUUCAGUGUUUGUGUACGUGUGUGAGUUUGUGGAGUUUUAAAGGUUGAGAAAGUCAUGGUGUUUGUAAGUUGGCAUGUGAUAAAAUGUAAAUAAAUUGUUACUGAUUUUA